AUGCAGUACUUCGUUGCCCCUCUCGCCCUCGCGGCGCUCGCCGCCGCCCUCCCUCAGGCUUCCACCUCUGGAGAGUGCUCCGAGAACUACCCCGGCACCUUCCAGAUCCAGGUCGUGAACAUCACCAACCCAACCAAGCGCUCCGCGUUCAUGGAGAAGCGUCAAUCCACCGCCCUCAUGAUCCAGCUCGAGAAUGGAGUCCUCACCGACGCCCAGGGACGCAUCGGUAACAUCGUUGCCAACGACCAGUUCCAGUUCGACCCAGCACCCGGCCAGGCUGAUGCCAAGUUCACCUCCGGAUUCUCCGUCUGCAGCAACGGCUCGCUCGCCAUCCAGGGUGACAGCACUUUCUACCAGUGCUUGUCCGGCACCUUCUACAACCUCUACGAUGAGGCCCAGGCCGAGCAGUGCUCUCCUGUCCACAUCCAGGUCAUCAACGGCUCCGGUGGCAGCGCUUCGCAGCUUCCCGACGGUCAAGUCACUGGUUCUCCAGCAUCUGAGAUGCCCGAAAUCACCGGAAUGGCUGUAUCGCAAAUUGCCGAGAUCCAGGGACCUACUGGCGCACCAGUGCAACAGAUUUCCGACGGUCAACUCCAGGCAACCACUGCCGCCGCUGCUCCAGUGACCCAGAUCGCUGAUGGCCAGGUGCAAGCUCCUACCAACAGCCCAAUCCAGCAAAUCGCUGAUGGCCAGCUCCAACAACCGACUGGCUCGCCCGUCCAGCAGAUCCCUGACGGCCAACUCCAGAGCAACGGCUCCGCCACCACCACUGCCCCUGCGCAAUACACCGGCGCUGCCAACAUCGUCAAGACCUCGGUCUUCGGCCUCGCUGCCGGUGUUAUGGCCCUCGCCAUGCUUUAA